AAAAAACGUCAUUGUUUAGCGAGGCGGAAGUCUUUGGCUUUUGUAGGCAUGGAACAAUGAAGCUCGCAAGCUGCUGUAUUUUAUCCGCGAGUAUGUUUCUGUCAGAGUCGUUCUGAAUAUAUAGGGCUCCGAGAAAAGGGAGACCAUGGAGGUACCCUGUUAUCUGUCUAAACUGCUGUUUGAGCUCAACGAGCAGCGAAAGCGAGAUUUCUUCUGUGAUUGCAGUAUCCUGGUGGAGGGGCGUGUUUUUAAAGCCCAUCGGAAUGUGCUAUUUGCUGGAAGCGGCUAUUUCCGGGCUCUUCUGGUUCACUACCUUCAGGACAGCGGACAGCGCUACAGCACAGCGUCGUUGGACAUCGUAACAGCUGACGCUUUCUCCGUCAUCCUCGACUUCCUCUACUCUGGCCGCUUAGCUCUUAACAGCAACAACGUCAUUGAGGUGAUGUCAGCAGCUAGCUACCUGCAGAUGACAGAUUUGGUCAACUUUUGCAAAGAGUACAUCCACUCAUCUUUGGAGAUUUGUAACAAGGAGAAGGAGAGGAACACGCAGAAAGAGAACAAGCCGGACGAUGGAGAGAUUGGACCUGCUGACAGUGGAACUCCUGCAUCCAUCUCAGGUGGUGCAGAUGUUACAGGGACAUGUUCAGAGGCUGUAGAGGCAGAUGGAGGCUCAGUUUUAGGUCCUGAGGCAGGGACCUCAACAAGGACGCCCUUGUCCACUGCUGUUGCCACCCCUGCCGGCUCCAGUAGAAACAUUGGCAGUGCUUACUCCUCUAAGGAAGGGUUUGCCCCUGGGAGUGAAGAACAAAAGGGGCACAUGGAUCAGACUAACCUCUCAUCCUCCUCAUCCUCUGCUUUGACUCCAGAGUUAGUGAACCCUAAAAUAGAGUACGACCCUGAUGAACUUGUAGAGUCCCCUGACACCAAAGACCUUGCUCCAUAUACAGGACCUUCUCUGCACAGCACACACCAUAGCAGGUUACUUCUCCAAAGUCCCUCAACCUCCAACGAGCGCUCCCCUUUGGGAUACAGCCCUUCAUUUAAUGCCCGACAGCUGAUGGAGAUUCUGUCCAGGGGUGAAGGCCCCAGAGGCCCCAGCCCUCUGGGGGACCGGGCAGGUCAGCGCUUCAGCCAAGGACUGGGCAGCAACACAGGAGGUGGCAGAAUGGAUGAAAAUUUAGGUUUUGUUGGGUCAUCUAUCAUGGAGAUCCAAUCUGAUUGGCUUGGAGAGGACACAGGCGAUGGCUUGGUAGUGCCAGUAAAACUCCACAAGUGCCCUUUCUGUCCAUACACUGCCAAGCAGAAAGGAAUCAUGAAGAGACACAUCCGCUGCCACACAGGAGAGAGACCCUUCCCCUGUCCCAUGUGUGGGAAGAGGUUCACACGGCAGGAGCACCUCCGCACCCAUGCUCUUAGUGUUCACAGGCACUAUUGGCCAGUAUCAUGCAAGAGCUGCAGGCGAACGUUCACCGGGUCAAGCGUUUCACCGGGAUUGAGGCGCUUCGGCAUCUGCGACAGCUGCAACUGUGUGACCACAACUAAUGAGGACUCUGCCCCCGUUGACCCCUCCAGCCAGGUGGAGCCCAUGGUGCGUGGGGAUGGCAGCACAGACUGGUCAAGCUUUAUGGACGAUGUGGACGAGGUGGAGGUCGGUAGAGUGGAGGACUUGGUGGAGAAACAGAUGCUGGAAAGACAGCUGGCCGAGUGCUCAGAUGUCAAUCAUACACUGUAAAUUUACCAUCCUCUAGAAAUAAAAAGGGGCCUCACCUCCCUUACAUCGUUACUGCAAGGUGAUUUAUUUAUUCACUCAUUUGUUUUCAGAAUAUUGUGUCCAAAGCUGCCUGUCUGUGUGUACCAGUGUGAUUUGUCAGUAGCAGGAAACCUGCCCAGUAUUUGUGAAUUUAUAUGUAGGUGUAACUUUAAAUUUCAAACAUGUACCGUGCCAACAGAAAGUAUUCACACCCCUUUA